AUGCCGAGGUGGACCAACGGCGAGCGCGACUUUCGCUUGAUAUUUGAUAUUGGGAACGAACACUUUGAGAUGGCCGUUCAAAAUGCGAAGAUUCUCAAUGGGCGUAUGGCGGAUAGAGAUGGUUGUCCAGCGGGAAGAAAGUUGUGUGGUUCUUUGCGGGGAAGAAUGCAAGAUAGUUGA